AUGAGUCUGUUCCGCUUAGUCUAUGGAAAUGCUCGUCACCUUUCGGUAGAGGUGAAACACAAAGCUUACUGGGCUGUGAAGGAAUGCAACUCGGGAUUAGGGGGUGCUGAAAUCGAAAAGAAGCUACAACUGGAGGAAUUGGAGUGCCUUCGACUAGAAGCAUAUGAGAACUCAAGGCUCUACAAAGAAAAGGUGAAGGCUGUGCAUGACAAGAACAUCAAGAGAAGAGAGUUUAGAGCUGGGGACCUAGUCCUACUCUACAACUCAAGGUUGAGGUUAAUGCUAGGCAAGCUGAGGUCAAGGUGGGAUGGACCUUACGUGGUGGAGAAGGUGAAACCGUACGGAGUUGUCCACCUAAGUCACCCCUCAAGACCCACCUUCUUCAAAGUCAAUGGAUACUACAUGAAGCUGUAUCAUGGUGUGAAGAUGAAGAACAACAAGGAGCUGGAGAUCUUCCUUUUGAAGGAUCCAGCAAGGGAGGAGGACUGA